AUGAUGCUGGCAAAUGUCACAUCGUUGUUGGGAUUAGCGGCGGCUCAGUGUCCCUCGGCUGGUGGUGUGGGUGCACUGAAUACUUUGGUCUCAGUUUUGGUGGAGGGCAUAUUGGCGGCUCAAUGUAAUUUAUCAAACCCUAGCACAUGGCCAGAAGAUCAUGCCAAGCAGGCUUUUCGCCAUGGUUUGGAUACCUAUGAUUUUGUGGUUAUAGGUGCUGGCUCAGCAGGUUCAGUGGUGGCCAGUCGUCUAAGCGAAAACCCCCAAUGGAAUGUAUUGGUUCUGGAGGCAGGAGGAGAUCCUCCAACCGAAUCAGAGAUUCCCAGUUUGUAUUUAACUUUGCAGAACACUUCUCACUCCUUCAGCUAUUUUACAGAGCCCAAUGGUCUCUCUUGCAAAGCCUUUGAAAAUGAACGCUGCCAUUGGCCCAGAGGCAAAAUGAUAGGUGGCUCUGGAGCCAUGAAUGGCUUAUCCUUUAUACCAGGAAAUCGUUAUGACUAUGAUCGCUGGUGCUCCGAAGGCAAUGUAGGUUGGUGUUAUGACAACGUUUGGCCCUAUUUCCAAAAAGCCACUACACCUCCAGACAAUGGUACACAUCCUCAGGGCUAUGUUGUUCUUAAUCAUCAAGGACGUUUCAACAAUGACAUAACUUCAGUUCUCAUGCUGGCAGCUGCUGAAUUACAACAACCCAUGGUGGAAGAUUUUGUCGAAGGCAGUUAUGUGGGCUAUGGCUAUGUCAAGGGAACUUUGGCAAAUGGUCUACGCUACAGCACUGGCAAAAGCUAUUUGGGAAAAAUUGCCCACAGCCGUUCAAAUUUGAAAGUGAUAAAAAAUGCCCUGGUUACAAAGUUAAAUUUCGAUAGAGCAGCUCAAAGAGUGAAAUCGGUGGAAUUUUUAAUGCAACAAAAGAUCCCCAUGAAAGUGAAAAUUGCCCGUGAAGCCAUAGUCUCAGCGGGUACGGUGGAUACUCCCAAAAUUCUAAUGCUUUCGGGUAUAGGACCUGCGGCUGUUCUCAAACCCCUAAACCUAACUCUACAUCACAAUUUGCCAGUGGGUGAAAAUUUACAGGAUCAUGUUAUUGUUUGGACUUUCUUUCGCCUGCCGGCAGAGCCUCCCAAUGCUUGGGCUAAGUUAAAUGCCACCUAUCAAUAUUUGCUCAAGCAUGAUGGACCCUUAAGCACCACAGGAGUUGCUUCUUUGGUGGGCUUUAUAAAGGCUGAUGCCAGCAUUUCACCUAUGUAUCCAGACAUUGAACUGCAGCACAUUGCCAUACGCCGAGGGGAUGUGGAGGGUAUGCUUAACUUGCUUAAAACUUUGCGUAUGAAGACAAAUCUCAAGGACUAUUUUCUGAAAGAAAUAGAAAAAUCGGAUAUAUUAGGCAUUUUAGCAACGCCCUUGCGACCCAUAUCAAGAGGAAUUAUCAAAAUAAAAUCAUCUUCUUAUAAGGAUCCUCCCCUAAUUAAUGGUGGCUAUUUCAAUGAAAACGAAGAUAUGGAGCUAAUGAUGCGUGGUCUUGGCUAUGUAGAGUUUAUGGAAAAAACUUCAGUGUUUAGGGAGAAUAACUAUGGGCUCAUGCAAUUGCCUUUGAUGGAAUGUGAUCGCUUUCGUUUUAAAUCUCCUGCUUAUUGGCGUUGCUAUGCCUCUUUUAUGUCAACCACUGGUUUUCACCCUGUGGGUACGGUAAAAAUGGGUGCUGAGAAUGAUGACAGCGCCUGUGUGGAUCCUGAGCUGAUGGUGAAGGGAGUUGAAAAUUUACGUGUGAUAGAUGCCUCCAUAAUGCCAUAUAUCACAAGUGGCAAUACGAAUGCGCCCACCAUAAUGAUAGCCGAAAAGGGAGCCGAUUUAAUUAGAGAGUAUUGGCGUAUGAGGGAAGUCAAAAAAAGAAUAGGCUGGUGGUAA